AUGGGAGUUGAGAAAAUGGAAAUGGAAGACACAGACUCUACUCUGAUGGAGCAGGGCAAGAAGCCAACUGCACCCAAACCACCCAACAAAUACGAGACUCUGUUCCAGCCCUGCCUGGCCGAGAUAAUUGGGACCAUGUUCUUCGUUUUCAUCGGCUGUGUGUCUGUGAUCGAGAACGUGCCGGCGGCUGGGCGGCUGCAGCCGGCCCUGGUGCAUGGACUGGCUGUGGCGAUCAUGGUGGCGGUCAUGGAUAACAUCAGUGGCUCUCAUUUCAACCCCCCUUUCACUAUUGCUAUCUACCUGUGUGGAGGCAUGGAGCUGAUGAUGGUGGGACCCUACCUGGUCAGCCAGCUGAUUGGAGGAGUGCUGGGAGCUGGAAUGGCCAAGAUGAUGGUCCCUGCAGACCGCUACAUGAACGCCACAGGAGCAGCGUUUGAUAUCCUCAAGUCAGAGAGUCAGCUGUCCGGAGCCAUCUUCGGGGAGGUGGCCAUGACCUGCCUGAUCACCAUGGUGGUGCUGCUGGUGGCCGUCAACAGCAAGACUAAAACCCCGUUGGCUCCGUUCCUGGUGGGCUGCACCGUCAUCAUCAACGUGCUGGCAGGGGGUGACGUAUCAGGGACAUGUCUGAACCCUGCCAGAGCCUUUGGUCCAGCUGUGAUGACCAACUACUGGGUCUACCACUGGGUGUACUGGGUGGGCCCCAUCGGGGGAGGCCUGGUGGCAGCAGCUCUGCUCAGGCUUGUUCUGGGUGAUGAAAAGUUACGAGUCGUUAUGAAAUCAUAACAGCUUCUAUUGUGUAUUUAUUGCCAUGCAGAGGACAAUAAACCUGUACACACUGUUUCAGUAGAUACUCGUGUCAUUAUGACUUUGAUACUGUACUUUUUUUUCUUCCAUGUC